AUGGAGCUUCCCAGUUACAGCAAACAGCUGCUGCAGCAGCUCUAUGCUCUCUGCAAAGAGCAGCAGUUCUGCGAUUGCACCGUCUUCGUUGGGAAUGUUCAUUUUAGAGCACACAAGGUGGUUUUGGCUGCUGCCAGCCUGCUUUUUAAAUCCUUGUUGGAGAGCACAGACACCAUCUCCAUCGAUGCUUCCGUGGUGACCCCUGAGGAGUUUGCACUCUUGCUGGAGAUGAUGUACAGUGGCAAACUCCCACUGGGGAAGCACAAUUUCACCAAAGUUAUCUCUGUGGCAGAUAGUCUGCAGAUGUUUGAUAUGGCUGUUAGUUGCAAAAACCUCCUCAGGGACCUCAUCAGCUGUACUACUCAGGACCAGAUAGUGAGAGAAGUCUCCAGCCAGACAGCAGACUCAUCUAGAAACAAUGCUGAAGCUAGUAACCUGCCCCGGUCUGAAGAAUCUGAUGAAGGAAAAACAGAUGUCUUCCCCCCUCAAAGAGUUUCCCCUUUUCCUGGACCUGUAGAAGCAGGAAAGGAAGCNGAUGUUUCUCCUUCUGGCCAGGAGCUUCCUGUGAAUCACACCUGGGUUCACCAGGAUGCGAUGUCAAGUGACUCCAGAUCCCUCCAGGAAGAUUCAGAGUCUCCUUCUGAUCAGCCUGCCUGUGCCGAGCAGGGAGGCUGUGUGGGAGAGAAGCUCGCUGAACCUCUGGGGGAGAAAGGAGGAGCGAAGGAUUUAGCAGCAGAGAGCAAAAGCUGUAAACUGGAUUUCUUUCUUCAAUAUGAAAGUGUUUUCUCUGAGGCCCUUUCUGAUGCCCGAGCUGUGCUGAAAAGACUAGAAGAGUGCAGAGAAAUUGAUGCCUCUCAAAAGGAGGCUCUGGCUGCGUGUCUGGCAGAGGCGGGGGAACAGUCAGUGUUCAAGAAGCUGCUGAACAAAGUGAAGGAUGCUCAGACCCUGGAGGCUCAGACCCUCGUGUCUUUGCUGAAGCUGUUUCAAGACGUGAAUCCCAAGCUGAGAGUGGCUUUGCUGGAGAGGGAACAGGAUGACAGCGAAGCCGUGCAGCAAACAGAGAGUGCAGACGAGGGAGAGACGCUGACCGCUCGCUUGCUGGGACGCAGAGAGGAGCUGAUCCAGAGCGUGACACAGCUGAGCCCCAUCGUGGAGUUCUUGAAGGCAGCAGAAGAGGGAUUCCUGACUGCCUUGGAGAAGCGGGUGGUUUUGGAUUGCUGUGAAGGCAGCUCGCGGAGGGAAGCCGUGGACAAUCUGCUCAGGAAGGUGGAUGAAGAGAAAACCCUGAAAGCAGAAAGUUUGGUCAAACUUCUGGGGGCUGUGAAAGCGUCAUUCCCUGGCCUCCACCUUCUGCUUGACAGCUUGGUGGCAACAGCAAACAUCUCUGAUGGCAAAGUGGCCACCAGCGAGAGCACAGCCAUUGAGAUCAUCCUGCGGCACAGCAAGCUGAUCUCGGAGGCCAUCGAGCAGAGAGCAGACCUGGAGGGACUGGCUCCGGGCGAGGCAGGACUCGCAGAAGCAGUAAAAGAGCUACUGAGUAUUUCUGCUCAGAAAGAAAGUUCAGAGGCCUCCUUGAAAGCAGCUCUGAGCACAGCUCAGGAGAAGUCUGUCCCGGCCAUCAAGAUCUGUCAGCUGCUGUGCAACGUCCACGAGUCCUUCCCGGACUUACAGCCAGUGAUGCAGGAGCUGGGACAUGUGGGUCUCUUGACUGAGGGAAAUGAGGAGAAACCUGGAAUCAGGAAGUGGAAAGUGAACAGUGAAUCCCAAGUUGAAGCUCUGGACAAAGAUGAAGACAAGGCGGGAGGUGCCAGUGCCAAGGAACUGGAGGAACCCCAAGAAAAAUCUUCUUCCAAGAAGACUUUUGUCUGCAAAGCCUGCGAUAAGACUUUCCACUUCUACUGCCGCUUGAAGGUGCACAUGAAACGUUGUCGAGUGGCCAGGGGAAAGCAACUCCAGUGCAAGGAGUGCAGCGAGGUCAAAUCGACAAAGAAGGAUCUGGAGAAGCAUCAGCUGGAGGUCCACGGCGUGGUGGGGAUGGCCAAGAAGAAGAAGAAGAAGCGGCUCCCUGUGGUGUGUGACAUCUGUGGCCGAGAAUUUGCUCAUGCCUCAGGGAUGCAGUACCACAAGCUGACAGAGCACUUUGACGAGAAACCCUUCUCCUGCGAGGAGUGCGGCGCCAAGUUCGCGGCCAACUCCACGCUGAAGAACCACCUGCGGCUGCACACGGGGGACCGGCCCUUCAUGUGCAAGCACUGCCUGAUGACCUUCAUGCAGGCCUCAGCCCUUGCCUACCACACCAAGAAGAAGCACGCUGAGGGGAAGAUGUACGCCUGCCAGUACUGCGACGCCGUGUUCGCCCAGUCCAUUGAGCUGUCGCGCCACGUCCGCACUCACACGGGGGAUAAGCCGUACGUCUGCCGGGAGUGUGGGAAAGGCUUUCGCCAGGCCAACGGGCUCUCCAUCCACCUCCGGACCUUCCACAACAUCGGAGAUCCCUACGACUGCAAGAAGUGCCGGAUGAGCUUUGCCACCCUGCAAGAGCACCGCAAGCACGUCCACGAAGCCCACGCCCGGGAGUACCACCCCUGCCCCACCUGCGCUAAAGUCUUCAGCGCCCCGUCGCUCCUGAAGCGCCACAUGGUGACCCACGUUGGAGGAAAGCCCUUUAGCUGUGAGAUCUGUGACAAAGCUUACCAGCAGUUGUCAGGGUUAUGGUAUCACAACCGGACCCACCACCCUGAUAUCUUUGCAGCUCAGAAUCAUCGCUCCUCCAAGUUCUCAUCCCUGCAGUGUAGCUCCUGUGACAAAACCUUCUCCAGCACUGCUGCUCACCGAAAACACGUCAAGGCAGAGCACACAGAUGUGAAGUUCCACGAGUGCGAGACGUGCAAGGAGCUCUUCCCCACACUGGCUCUCCUGCAGGUCCAUAUGAAGUGCAGGCACUCAGGCUCCCGGCCAUUCCGCUGCUUGUACUGCUCAGCAUCCUUCCGCUUCCCAGGGGCCCUGCAGAACCACGUCACCAGUGAGCACUUCAAGCAGACGGAGAGCACCUUCACCUGUGAGCUCUGUGGGGAGCUCUUCCCCUCCCAGGGCGAGCUGGACGGGCACUACAGCACUGAGCAUCCCAAGGUGGUCUUCUCCCAAGCCACCACGGCCCAGAUUGUGCAGGUGAUUCAGACAUCGGAGCAUGGAGCAGCGGAGCACAUAAUCUCUUUGGAUGACACCCAACUCUCUGGCUCCCAAGUCUUUGUGACGUUGCCUGAAUCCCAAGUGAACUCAAGCGGCUCGGAGCUGGUGGCAGUGACUAUGGAGGACUUGUUUGAUGACAAAGUCACUCUGAUUUGUGAAGAAACCAAGUGA